GACAACACAAGGCGACUGCUUUAUAAACGCCUGCUUGCUUUUUAAGGAAGGAGCCAGCGAACAGCUCUCCGUAUCACUGGCUACACUCUUAAAUAAUGUAUAAGCGGCAGUGGAACUUUUGUCCUUGCUCUCUUUAAAAUUUGAGCCUGCUAUUAUUAUUAUUAAUUUUUUUUCUAUUUAAUAUUUAAACAGAUAAAUAGUACAGCGCCUCGCAUAGGUUCCGUCUUAACAGGCCUAGACAAGUUAAGAAUGAAUAUGCAAAUAUAUUCACUUGAAACGAACUUUUAAUUCCUGGAACCUGAUAUCAUUGCUUUAGAAUUCCCUGAAUUUCCAGUUUUAGUUUAAAGCUGACGCAGGAGUUAUACAGCCGACAUAAAGGAAUUGAACGAAUCUACCACUUUAAACUGUCGUUUUCCCGGGGAAAAAAAAAAAGCCCAAAACGAAAUGAACAAUUAUUUUUAAUCACGUGAGUCAUUUACAAUAACCCAAACAGAGUUACCUGCCUUUGAAAUCUACAAUAUUUAAAGACUUUGUUGUUUUGAUGAAAUCAUGCAGCUUGGAAUUGGUUAUUUCUUACUUCUGUUAUAUACCGUAUGGGCUGAUGAUUUAGCUACUCUUAGACUGGUCAACCUGGUUUACCGACAUGGCGAUCGUUCUCCCAUCGAUUCAUUUCCCACAGAUGUGCACAAAGAAGACAGUUGGCCCCAAGGAUUUGGAUGGCUGUCUAACAUUGGGAAGCUGCAGCAAUAUCAUCUUGGAAAAUUCUUAAGGCAGAGAUACGAUGGAUUUUUAAAUCAAACAUACAUUCAUGAUGAGAUCAGCGCUCAGAGUUCUGCCGUGCAGCGCUGUUUGAUGAGUGCGUAUUCUAACCUUGCUGGUCUCUACCCGCCUGAAGGAGGACAGAUUUGGAAUUCCAACAUCAGUUGGCAACCGAUUCCUGUCAGUAUGAUUCCUACCGAAGAGGAUAAUAUAUUACAGAUUUCCAAGGCUUGUCCCCGAUACGACAAGUUGAAGGAACAGGAAUUGAAAACACACGCAAUCAAGGAAGAAGAGAAGAAAAAUAAACCCUUCUAUGAGUUUCUUAGUCGGGUCACUGGUGGUCCCAAAGAAAACAUCAGUUAUGUUUGGAUGCUGGCUGACACUUUAAUUUGCGAGGGUCAUCACAAUUUCAGUAAGCCAUCCUGGUUAAAUGAAACCGUUUACAAUAAGCUCAUUGAUCUUAAUACCUUGUCAUUUACACUUCUCUUCGGAACCCCUGAAAUGGCUCGAUUGAAAGGAGGUCCUCUGCUGCAAAAAAUGUUGAACAAUAUGCAGAAAAAAAUCCACUCAAAACCAGAUUUCAAGACAAAACUCUUCAUGUAUUCAGCUCAUGAUAAGACUGUUGCGGCUUUGAGUCAUGCUAUGAAGAUCUUCAACCACGUCCUGCCUCCUUAUGCAUCCACAUUGAUUCUUGAACUUCAUCAAAACCAAGAGAAUAACUACUUUGUCCGCAUCCUUUACAAAAAUACGACUGCAGAUUUAUACAAUUACAUGCAACCACCCACACACCUGAAAUUGAAAGAUUGCCCCUUGGACUGUCCUUUUGAAAUGUUUGUAGAACUUACAAAAGAUGCCAUCCCAACAGAUUGGGUGAAAGAAUGCCAAAUUCCUGCAUUAUUUGAAACAUGGUUCUGGAUAAUGGUCAUCUCAUUCUGUCUGCUAUGCCUCCUGCUGGUCACACUCUUCUGGUUCCAUAUGCAAAGGAAACACAAAAAAGAUAAAUACACUUCCUUACUUAAUGACGAUUCAGAAAUGAAUUAUUCCAGUAAUUGAAAGAAAGGAACAAGCACACAAAAAAAAAAACAACCAAAAAGACCCACAAACAU